CGCAAAGUGAUGACGUCAGUAGAAGCGACGUUUAGGGGAAAAUCCCUGUCUGUCUUCCGAAUAGAUUUUAACAAAGAAGCUCCUUUUAAAAAAAAACUGCUAUGUCUGUGAAUUAUGCUGCUGGCCUCUCACCGUACGCAGACAAGGGCGUGUGCGGACUUCCAGAGGUAUUUGAUAACCCCGAGGAGCUGAAAGCAAAGGUGGAGAUCCUCGCUCAGCUUAUAAAAGAGUCAAAGUAUAUGGUUGUGCACUCUGGAGCAGGAAUCAGCACUUCAGCAGGCAUUCCUGAUUUCAGGGGUCCAAAGGGUGUGUGGACACUGGAGGAAAAGGGCGAGUCACCUCACUUUGACACCACGUUUGAAGAGGCCCGGCCCAGCUUGACUCACAUGGCUCUGCUCGGCCUCCAGCAGGCCGGAUACCUGAAGUAUCUCAUCAGCCAGAAUGUGGACGGCUUACAUGUGCGAUCCGGCUUCCCAAGGGAUUUGUUGUCAGAGCUUCAUGGAAACAUGUUUGUGGAGGAGUGUGAGAAGUGUGGCAGGCAGUAUGUCAGGGAAAAGGUGAUCGGUGUGAUGGGGCUCAAACCAACAGGACGUUACUGCGAUGUGGUGCGCUCCAGGGGGCUCAGAGCCUGCAGAGGGAAGUUCAUCAGUACUAUACUGGACUGGGAGGAUGCUCUUCCUGACAGAGAUCUGAACAAAGCAGACAAUGCAAGCAGACUAGCAGACCUGGCACUGACGCUGGGUACCUCCCUGCAGAUAAAACCCAGCGGAGACCUUCCACUCGUCACCAAACGCAAAGGCGGGAAAGUGGUCAUUGUCAACCUGCAGCCAACCAAGCAUGACAAGCAUGCACACUUGCUUAUCCGCGGCUAUGUAGACGAGGUCAUGAAGCAGCUCAUGGAGCGUCUAGGCUUGGACAUCCCAAAGUGGGAGGGGCCAACCGUGUGCGAGAGCUCCAUCGCCGGACCCGUAGGCGCUGCCGACAUUAAGCCUCAGCACGCUCUUACUGCGGAUGUGAACGUCAAAGGUGAACUCAUGAAGGAGGGGAGAAAGAGAACAGCAGAGUGUCCAGAAGACCGAGACACCAUCAAAGAAGAAACUGUGUCUGUAAAGAGGGAGAGGGCAGAUCCUCCAAUAGGGAUAUGUGACAACAAAUAGCCUCAGGUACUUUCCUCACCAAAACUGUCAUGCCUCCAAAAAGAAAGUUUUACACAAGAGGGUCACCAGUUUGACCGGCGCUACAGAGGAUGCUUCUUUUCGUUCCUUUUUUUUUGUCCACGACUUCUUUUUGGUUGAACCUUCUUUGUCGAUUUCCACUCUUUGAGCAGCACCACUUAAACGAAGACUCCUCAGCUCGAAGCCUCACAAAACGACACUCAAGCAAGGCGAAAACAACUUUGAAAUUUUUAGAUAUGUGGUCAGAGAUCUGCCAGCAUGUUUCUUGUGCCAUGACGGUUUUAAAAAUCUAGAACACAUGGUUGUAAAUAAACCUUUUAAUAAGCUGCAGCGAGGUGUCAGUACGUUAUUAAAAUGUAUAUUUUUAACAUUGCGUUCUAGUUUUUGGCCCUCUGGUAAAGAAACAGCUCAGCGUCUCCUUGUAUGAAUGACGUACUGUAUGUGCACAGUAGGAUCCUGUACUAUUAUGUUACUUCAUGUUGUAAAUAGACCAUUGUUGUUGCUAAAUGACAUUUUUUAAAAUCUCA